AUGAUGGCCAUGAACAGCAAGCAGCACUUGGGCAUGUCCCCUCUGCUCCAGGAGGCCAAGUACCCGAGCCUGCACUCCAGCUCCGAGGCCAUGAGGAGAGUUUGCCUCCCAACGCCGCCGCUCCAGGGCAAUAUAUUCGGCGGCUUUGAUGACAGCCUGUUAGCCCGCGCUGAAGCUCUGGCGGCUGUCGAUGUGAUCCCUCACACUAAGAGUCACCCGCACUUCAAGCCGGACCUCAGUUACCACACCAUGAGCAGCGUGCCGUGCAGUUCCACCUCUUCGACGCUGGCCAUCUCCCCUCCGCCCAGCCUGACCUCCCAUCACGUUCACCCGGCUCACCAGCUGCUGGAGACCGACUUGCUGGACAUCUCGCCCAGCCUGACCGGCCUGGGGGGCGCUGACCCCUCGGCGGUGCUGUCCGCGCCUGGCCACCUCAAUGGCAUGGGGCACCUCCACCCGGCGGUGCCCAUGGCUCACCCGCACUCGUUCCCCGGCCACGCCGGCGUGCCGUGCCUCAAUGAGGCGGAGGCUGACCCCCGGGAGCUGGAAGCUUUCGCCGAGCGGUUCAAGCAGAGGAGGAUCAAGCUGGGGGUGACUCAGGCUGAUGUCGGGGCAGCCCUGGCCAACCUGAAGAUCCCGGGAGUGGGCUCCCUGAGCCAGAGCACCAUCUGCAGGUUCGAGUCCCUCACCCUGUCCCACAACAACAUGAUCGCCCUGAAGCCGGUGCUGCAGACCUGGCUGGAGGAAGCCGAGAGCGUUUACCGGGAGAAAGCCAGCAAGCCCGAGGUCUUCAGCGCCGGAGACAGGAAACGCAAGCGGACCUCGAUCGCCGCGCCCGAGAAGCGCUCCCUGGAAGCUUACUUCGCCAUCCAGCCCCGGCCGUCCUCGGAGAAAAUCGCGGCGAUCGCCGAGAAACUGGACCUGAAGAAGAACGUGGUCAGGGUCUGGUUUUGCAAUCAGAGACAGAAACAGAAGCGGAUGAAAUACUCCGCCAAUCACUGA